UAUUUCUUUUCACUUUCCAUUCUAGCUUUUAUAAUGUCUAAUAAUAUGUUCAUAUGGGCUUCUGCUAAUAUAAGCGAAGACAAAUACAACCAGCACAUGUAUGGCUGUGUCGAUUGGAAUUGCUACAACAUCAGAACAACACCUUCCUAUUGCUGGGACUGUUUACCUGGAUGUUGCGAAAUGGGUGACAUGUCUAGUCACAAGGACAGAAACAUAAGGGUUUUGCUGGACUCAUUCAUUGUGGGAUUUGGCGUUUUCGAAGCACUAAUCUGCAUGGUGACCUUUGGCCUUUCUUUUUGUCAACUGAGUUGUUACUUUUGUUGUCAGGGCUCGAACUGCAACUGUUGUCAAACUAAGAAUAAUGAACAAUACCAGAUGGUUGUGGGCCCCAAUGGUAGUGUGAUGAUGUUACCUGUACCAAGAGCAGCACAUGGUAUGCCGAUGAUGGUACAAAACCAGCCGAUGAUGGUGCAGCACCAACCUAUGAUGCUUCCCAACCAACUUAUUGCUGCUCAGAACCAACAAGUAGGAGCUCAAACCUCUGGACCAGAAGAACAACAAGUACAUGGUGCACAACAACCAGCCGUCCAGGUACAGGGGCAACCAAUGUCGCUCCAGAGUUCUGGCCAGCUAAUGAUGGUAGGUGGACAGGGACAACCAAUGAUGCUUCCAGCUCAGGGGCAACCAAUGAUGGUACAUCAAAGUCAGGGGCAACCAAUGAUCGUCCAAGCUCAGGGGCAACCAAUGAUGGUACAUCAAGGUCAGGGGCAACCAGUGUUUCAACAGCCAAUGUUUGUGCAAGGUGUGGGGCAAGUAGGUAUGGUUCAAGAACAGGGACAGCCAACCAAUCAGACAGUCAUGAUUCCUGGACAAAGUCAGCCACUUCAAACGGUGACCCAAGCUCAGAUUCCGAACCCUGAGCAACAGAUACAAGCUACUGGAGAACCUGAUGACAAUGGAGAUGCAAUGACAUUGGUAGCUGGACAAGAUGCUGGCAGCAUCUCAAACCCAAACUGUGUAAAUGUCCCAUUUUUGUAAAGCACGAUGACGAUUUAAUUUUCAUCAUCCUUAUUAGGCCUAAAAAAAUUGUUUGUUUGCCCUGCAGCGCCUGCCCCUAGCUCACGGAAAAGUAGGGGCGGUGUUUUUAAAAAAAGUUUUUUUUUUCUUUCGAUUUUUUGUUCACAAAUUUUAAAAAGUGAUCACCAUUCUAGACCUAAAUUCAUUGCAAAAUAUCGAUUAUCGGUUAUUUUUCAGUCUGAUGUAUAUCCUUUGAAAAACAAAUAGCGAAAUGUAAAAAUGUGAAUUUUGGUGACGGGAGAAAAAAAAACUAAAAAAAAAAACCUUUUUUGUGCCCGUCCCUCCUAUACAAUUUUCAGCAUUAAAGGGCAAACAAACAAUUUAUUUUUUUAGGCCUUAUAUUCAAAAUUAUCUCAAAUGCUGUUCUUAUGAUAUACUCAGUAUGCUGGUUUAGUGUUAUUUAGAUGAAAAAAUUAUAUAAAUAUACAGAAUUCUAAUAUUGUGCUAUCUAUGAAAGUGUUUUAAACAUGUGUUUAGUGUUGUAAUUGCCAAAUUCCUUUGGAUAGCCUAGUAUACUGGUAAAAUAAUUUGAUAGAGGAUUAUAUCUGAUUAUAAAGUGUUUUAUUGAAAUACAGUUAAAAUUACUUUGAGUAUACCACCGUUUUUUGGUGUAGGUUAUAAAAAUUGUGAAUGCGGAACGAAAUUGCGAUGUUCCGAAAUUCCUGAAUCCGCCACUGUUAAUAAUAGUAAUGAAAAAAAUUUGAUUGGUAUUUGUAUUUUUAACGAGUGUAUAUAUUCAGUGUAUGCUAAAUAUACCAUGGUAAUAUUUUAUCUAGUUUUUUUGGGUUGAUAUUAUAAACAUUUGCAGAGAGAAAAAAGCAGAAUCGAUUAUUGAGGAGAGAGUGAAAAGAAAAAUGAUGUGUGCAGAUCAGUUUACAUACGGCAGCUGAUAAAAAAAAAUAUAUGUUCUAUGUUGUUUUAGGGAUUCAGUGUAUGCAUUCCCAUUAUAAAGUCAAGUACAGUAUUUAGACUGAUGACACACAAAUCAUUCUUCCUGCUCUUUGAAGCUUGCCAAUAUUAUAUCUAUUAUAUUUUUUUAAACAAUAUAUGUGAUAUUCUCUUUUUUAUAAUUUAUAUUCUUGCAUGUUUCGUGGCUGGGAGACUAAUAAAAUUGUGAAGAAGUGUUUAAUAUUUUUUAUAAGGUAAAGUUCGGAAAUAACUUGCGACCAGUACACCAGGAUAACCCCUACUCUUUUCUAAUGUAUAUAU